UGACUCACGUCGCUAACCGCUUGAUGGGUGUGGUUGUGGCGCCACGAAACGAAUAUUGAUACCGAGAUAUCCACCCUUUUGACCCAUCGCCAUUCCUUUUGGUUUGGUAGCAUUAUGAAAGAAAAAAAAAAGGAUUGCCAUAGACAAUUUCCUUUUUAUUAUUACAUUACCAUAGACGAUUUCCAUUGAUCCAUUAGCAGUAAUUCUUAAAUUCAGAAAUGGUUUAAUGACAUCAAAUGCUCAACAAACAAAAAUCAGGAGCCCAAUAGAAUAUGCCAAUAGACCCAAAGUAACUUCACAUGAGAAGCCUAACAAACAAAAUCACGAGCCCAAUUAAUCGGCCCAUAGGUUUAACAUUAGCACACUCGUUAGUGAACAGUAAAAGUGAUUUAGAUUUAUAUAUAUUAAUUAAUAUAUUAAUGUCACUAAAAAUCUUAAAAUACUAAUCUUGGCCUUCUGAUUCCAAUUCCAUCCCCCUUUUUUUUUGGGGAGAAAACUGAUUCCAUCCUCACCAUCAUUAUCCCCCACGAAUCCCAUCAUUCUCUCAUCUGUAUCCUCGAAUGAAAUUGGAGACCAACCACAAACCAGUAACAAACAAACAAACAAACAAAAAGUUCAAAAAGAACAAGAUAAACCAUUAAACCCCUGAACUUGAUAUCAAAGAUAACAAAAUAACUACUUCAAUCAACUCCCCGUUGCUAUUUACCAAUUGAAUAACCAAUCACCUCCUGGUUGUUUAAGGCAAAGCCUCCCCCCAAAAAGUGAGGAAAGAAAGUGACAAGAAAUCUUGGGAUUUUGUGCCUCCUCCUUCCUGGAAAUACUCUAUUGAGAUAGAAAUAAAGACAAAAAGAUAUUGUCAGGGUGUAUGAUUCCAUUGGAUUUGGAAAAGACGCUAGCAAGAGAAAUAGAGAUAGGAAGGAAACUAGGAAAGGGCACUUGGGGUUUGAUUUAUAAGGCCUGGUGUUGCAACCACAUUGGCUCUCUUGAAGCUUGACAUGUAAAUCUGAGAGAGAGACACAGAUAGAUAUCAGAGGGAUUCUCCCUAGAAAACCUUUCCAUUUUUAUAGCCCUUUCCCAGUCUCACAAUCACAAGGGGCCAAGGGGGUUUCUUUGGAUAAGAAGCCCUCAAACGAAAACUCUCCUACUCUGCAUUUCCUCAACUGGGGUCUCUCUCUCUCUCCCCCCCUCUCUCUCUCUUUCUUUCACUCUCCAUUUCCCACUUUCAUUUUCAAAGAUGUUGGAAGGAAAAGCACUCGUUGAUGAUACAGACAUGCCAGUGAAGAUGCAGAUGGAAGCCAUGGCUUGCGCUUCUGAAGCUCUGGAUCUUUAUGACGUGGUCGACAGCAGAUCCAUCGCCGGCCACAUCAAGAAGGAGUUUGACAAGAGAUAUGGAGGUGGAUGGCAAUGUGUGGUUGGUUCAAACUUUGGCUGCUUCUUCACUCACUCUAAAGGCACUUUCAUAUACUUCACAUUGGAGACUCUGAAGUUCCUUAUCUUCAAAGGAGCUUCUUCUUCCUGACGAGGAUGUCUAAUUAAAUCAAUGAAGAAGAAGAAGAAAGGAGAAAAGAUGGGGAAGGGAACAACCCACGUCAUGCGCACAUGGGUUCUUUUUGGAAUUUCCUACGUCUGAGAAAAUGAGUCUUCACCAUGGAACCUUUUGGAAGGAGCUUGUUUGAAAUCAUAAUGCUCCUUUUUCUCUUUGUACAUUCUACUAGAAACCCAGCUGUCAAUUUCCGUUUUCAUCUAAUAAAUUAUAAGUAAUAUA